GCCAGCUUUGUUCCCUUGCAGGCAGGUGACAGCAGAGACAUGUCUCGGGAGCUGCAGGACGUGGACCUCGCCGAGGUGAAGCCUUUGGUGGAGAAAGGGGAGGCCAUCACCGGACUCCUGCAAGAAUUCGAUGUCCAGGAACAGGACAUCGAGACUUUACAUGGCUCCAUUCACGUCACGCUGUGUGGGACCCCCAAAGGAAACCGGCCUGUCAUCCUCACUUACCAUGACAUCGGCAUGAACCACAAAACCUGCUACAACCCCCUCUUCAACUCAGAGGACAUGCAGGAGAUCACCCAGCACUUUGCUGUCUGCCACGUGGACGCCCCUGGUCAGCAGGACGGUGCUGCAUCCUUCCCCCUGGGGUACAUGUACCCCUCAAUGGACCAGCUGGCCGAAAUGCUUCCCGGAGUCCUGCACCAGUUUGGGCUGAAAAGUGUGAUCGGCAUGGGAACAGGAGCAGGUGCCUACAUCCUAACUCGAUUUGCUCUGAACAACCCCGAGAUGGUGGAAGGCCUCGUCCUCAUCAACGUGAACCCUUGUGCAGAGGGCUGGAUGGACUGGGCUGCCUCCAAGAUCUCUGGCUGGACCCAAGCCCUGCCGGACAUGGUGGUGUCCCACCUCUUUGGGAAGGAGGAGAUGCAGAACAACGUGGAGGUGGUCCACACCUACCGCCAGCACAUCCUGAAUGACAUGAACCCCGGCAACCUGCACCUGUUCAUCAAUGCCUACAACAGCCGGCGGGACCUGGAGAUUGAGCGACCAAUGCCGGGAGCCCACACAGUCACCCUGCAGUGCCCCGCUUUGCUGGUGGUUGGGGACAGCUCGCCUGCCGUGGACGCAGUGGUGGAGUGCAACUCAAAAUUGGACCCAACAAAGACCACUCUCCUAAAGAUGGCGGACUGUGGCGGCCUCCCGCAGAUAUCUCAGCCAGCCAAGCUUGCUGAGGCCUUCAAGUACUUUGUGCAGGGCAUGGGAUACAUGCCCUCUGCCAGCAUGACUCGCCUGAUGCGGUCCCGCACGGCCUCUGGCUCCAGUGUCACCUCUCUCGAAGGCACCCGCAGCCGCUCCCACACCAGCGAGGGCAC